AUGCUGCAGUCACCCUGGACUAAGAACGCCACUCUGUCCGGGCCAGCCGGCAGCGCCCCGACGCCGCAGCCGACCCGCGAGCUGCUCCCCCCGGCGACGGGCUCUGCUGCGGCCGAGGCGGCCACCGCCUCUCCCGGGACCCCUGUGGCGCACAUGGUGGCGGCGGGCAGCCUGCUAUCGCUGCUGGUCGUCUGGACUCUCUUGGGGAACGUGCUGGUGUGCGUGGCCAUCAUGGGGUCUCGCCACCUGCGGGCCAAGGUCACCAACAUCUUCAUCGUUUCCUUAGCCGUCUCGGAUCUCCUGGUGGCGCUGCUGGUCAUGCCCUGGAAGGCGGUGACUGAGGUGGCGGGCUACUGGCCCUUCGGGGCCUUCUGCAACAUCUGGGUGGCCUUCGAUAUCAUGUGCUCGACCGCCUCCAUCCUCAACCUGUGCGUCAUCAGCGUGGACAGGUACUGGGCCAUCUCCAGCCCCUUCAGGUACGAGAGGAAGAUGACCCAGAGGGUGGCUUUGGUGAUGAUCGGCCUGGCCUGGACUCUCUCGGUCCUCAUCUCCUUCAUCCCGGUCCAGCUCAACUGGCAUAAGCAGGGCGAGAACCCCGGUACCGCCGCCACCCCCUUAGCAGCUAGCCCCCACGCGGGGAGCGUCUCCUCAUGGGCCGAAGGUUUCGGCACCUUGUGGACAGGGGGACCCGGGGCCAACGGCAACGACACUCUGCAGGCGGAGGCGACAGAGCGCUGCGACUCCAGCCUGAAUCGGACCUACGCCAUCGCCUCCUCCCUGAUCAGUUUUUACAUCCCCGUGGCCAUCAUGAUCGUCACAUACACUCGGAUCUACCAGAUCGCCCAGGUGCAGAUCCGUCGGAUCUCCUCGCUGGAGAGGGCUGCCGAGCACGCCCAGAACUGCCGUCGCAGCAGCAAGAGCUCGGACUGCGGUCACCCUCUCCAUCACCAUCACCACCCCUGCCUCAGAUCCUCCAUCCGCAAGGAAACCAAAGUCCUCAAGACGCUCUCCGUCAUCAUGGGAGUUUUUGUCUGCUGCUGGCUGCCUUUUUUUAUCCUGAACUGCAUGGUGCCCUUCUGCGAGAGCCCCCCCGACGACCCAGAAGCCGGGCUGCCCUGCGUCAGCGACAGCACUUUCAACAUCUUCGUCUGGUUCGGCUGGGCCAACUCGUCCCUCAACCCCAUUAUCUACGCCUUUAACGCUGACUUCAGGAAGGUCUUCUCCAAUCUCUUGGGCUGCAGUCAGCGUUGCUCCAGCACCCCGGUGGAGACAGUCAACGUCAGCAACGAGCUCAUCUCUUACAAUCAAGACACCCUCUUCCACAGGGAAAUCGCUACCACCUACGUCAACAUGAUCCCCAAUGUGGUGGGCUGUGGCAAGGGAGAUCCCUUCGACAGGAUGUCCCAGAUCUCACCUGAUCACGAGAUCGCCACAGACUCUGCCUGGGAGCUGGACUGUGAAGGGGACAUCUCUGUAGACAAAAUUACUCCCCUCACCCCCAGUUGUCUACUUUAG